AUGGCUCCCGUCAAGUCCAUCAUCGCCGCCUCCGUGCUUAUGGCCGCCCAGCUCGUCUCCGGCCACGCCGCCAUCACCAAUGCCGUAGGCAACGCCGGCGGCAGCGGCAUGGCUCUUGGCAUCGAGUCCACCACUCCUCGCGACGGCACCCGGCGCAACCCCUUCCAGCAGGACGCCACGCGUUUCCGUGGAGCCUCCGCGCAGACCUUUGGCGAGACCGUCGGCCAGGGCGCCAACCAGCUCGAGGCCGGCACCUCCAAGAUCAUGGCGGAGACAGGCGACUCGCUGCCCCAGGUGACCCCCGGCGGCGCCCUCACCAUGACCCUUCACCAGGUCAACGCCGACGGCGCCGGCCCCUACACCUGCAUGAUCAACGCCGACGGCUCCGGCACCACCUGGGACAACAUCCAGGUUACCCAGAACGUGGCGGGCAACCAGCGCGGCCGCAACAACGACGGCAACGCGAGCGACCACCCCCUGGUGGCGGCCAUCCCGGCCAACCAGCAGUGCUCGGGCACCGUGGCUGGCGAGAACAACGUCUGCCUGGUGCGUUGCCAGAACCCGGCCAACGCCGGCCCCUUUGGCGGCGUCGUCCCCGUCCAGAUGGCCGCGGCCGGCGGCGCCGCCCCUGGUGCUGCUCCCGCUGCCGGUAAUGGUGCCGUUCCCGCUGCUGGAACCGGUGCUGGUGCCGUUCCCGCUGCUGGCACCGGUGCGGGUGCUGCUGCUCCCGCUGCUGGAACCGGUGCUGGUGCUGCUGCUCCCGCUGCUGGAACCGGUGCUGGUGGUGCUGCUCCCGCUGCUGGCACCGGUGCUGGUGCUGCUGCUCCCGCUGCUGGCACUGGUGCUGGUGGCAACAACGCCAUCGUCGGCAACCCUGCUGCUGGCAACCCGAACGCCGCUGUCCCUGCUACCGGCAACGCUAACGGCCUCGUCGGCGGCACCCCCGCCGCCGGCAACGCCCAGCAGCAGACCGGCAACGGCCGCGGCAACGGACGCGACAACGGACGCGGCCAGAACAACAACGACAACAACGACAAGCGCCGCGCUAUCGAGUUCACCGCAUAA